CUUGCGCGUAGUGAAAGGGAGGUCCGCCAAAUUUAAACACUGCAAAAGAAAGAAGUAGCUAUCUUCUGCUCUUCAAGUGGCAACAACGGGUAACGGGCAGAGUAGUCUUUCUUUUGUUAAGCUCUCAACAUGACGUCAACGAGUGUGCAUGGGGUCGGCGCUGCAGUGGCAGGGAUGUGGCGUUCGCAUACUGUCCUCGACGAGUCGGACCCAGAUAGCUCCCCAGAGGCACCGCAGCAGUUUCGAAAGAUGCGCUCAUCCAUUUCUCUGAAUUCCCUGCGAAUGUCCUUGCGGAAAAGGUUACCUCUAAAGACCAUGCAGCCCAAUACAAACAUCCAUGAGAAUCCCACCUGGGAGUCGAUUCAGAUGAACCAGAAGACGAGCGCUGUCAGGCAGAUGACCCGCACUGCAAAGAAUUCGAUCGGCAACGCAUAUCAGAGAUUGCAGAAGAACGUGGCCUCACAUGAAAAGUGUCUGGUACAGACACCUGAAAGAACAACAGAAGGAGAUGAAUGUAUGAAUGCACACACCCCAAAACAAAUUGGUGCUUCUCGAAACAGUGCUACCCCAAGGCGCACUCCCAGGUCAUCCAGCAAGCGCACCACUCGGCCCACCUGCACCCCAGAGACCAGUGACUCUGCUGUGAGGGCAGUAAGGCCAGCAGCUAGCAGGAGACAGCUAGUGCGCAUGGCGGCACUUAAAAGCCCAUUUGCAUCACCCAACACCAUGAAACAUAGAAGACAAUUUGAUCAAGAUCUUGACUGUGUGGCUAAAGGCCUCAGGAAGCUGAAGCGCCUCUCGCACGCCUUUGAUGACAUAAUUGGAAGAGAUGACCAGACUCAGGCCAUGAAGAGCUACAAAUCUGUCAUGCUCCAGGCAUAUAGCUCCUCCAAGAGCAGUGUGUCUGGGGGCUUAAACAGGACCUCCAGCCGUCAGCACUCUCAACGCAUGCGGCAGAGAGUUAGCAGCUGAACUGAUGGCAUGCUUGGAAAUAUCCGCAAAGCCACCUGAAGAGCGAGCCCACUUUCUUCCCUUGCUUUCUGCGUUUGUGUGGUUUUGUUUGUUACUUUGGCUUCCUGAGGAGGUUAACCUUUCAGAGGCUUGCGUUUUGUUUUUUUUUCCCCCCUCUUUCUUUCUCCCUGUGAGAACAUUGAGUGUAUGAUCGAAGUAUUGGAGAAGUCAGAAUUUACUUUUAUUCUAAAACUUUCUCUGCCAGAGGGCUGUUUAUUUUGUUACUAUUUAAAGACCCUACACUACUGUUUAGUAUUAUCCAAGCCCUCAGUGUGUUACUAAUUGUGUAUAUUCAAAAGAAAAUAUCAAGGCUGGGGGGAAAUUUUAUAAAUGCUUUUAAAUAACAUUAUUUUGUUGAAAAAGAUAUUGGUUUCACCAAAGACAAAUCAACUCUCCCAGUGUCUUUAUUGUUUAAAACUCUCCUUAACACUUGCUUAAAUGUAAGCAAUACUAACACUAGACUGCCAUAAAAACACAUUAAUUGGCCUAACUAUGCUACAACUAUACCAACACUAAAGGGGUUUUUAUAUUUUUGUUAUUAACUGCAUUUAAAAAAAAAAAAGUACUGAGCAUUUUUACUACGUGCAAGGACAGGUUUGUUACAUUUCUAAAAAUAGAAUGUAGUUUAUUUGUAUCCACCUACCUGUUCCUUUUAUGUUGGCUUAAAUUAAAGUAAUUGCUGCUUACUGUAAUUAAACAUUGUGUCUCACUAA